GGCUCUUUUCGCACAUGAAUUCAUUGAUUUUGUUUUCCAUCCAGAUAAGAGCAAUGUCGAAGAGAAAAAGAUCCCCCAUAAAAUCACUACCUCCUCCUCUUCCACCUUCAACACCACCAACACCCCAUACCCAAACCCGCCACUCCACCAACCUCUCAAAAUCCCGGGCAUGGAUCCCUCUCAACAUAACCCGACAAGAACUCUCCUUACCUCUCACCUUCCCCACCGGUCAAACCUUCCGCUGGAAAAACACCGCACCUUCUCAAUACACCGGUGUCGUUGGGUCCCACCUUAUUUCCCUCAAACAUCUCCACAACGGCGACGUUUGCUACACCCUUCACUCCCAAUCUCCCUCCAACGAUGAUUGCAAAACGGCAUUGCUUGAUUUCUUAAACGCGGAUGUUUCUCUUGCUGACACGUGGAAGGUGUUUUCGGAUUCCGAUGAAAGAUUUGCGGAACUAGCACAACAUUUGAGUGGUGCUAGGGUUUUGAGACAAGAUCCCUUUGAAUGCUUGAUUCAGUUUAUGUGUUCUUCUAAUAAUCAUAUUAGUAGAAUUACUAAAAUGGUUGAUUAUGUUUCGUCUCUCGGAACUUACUUGGGUUGCGUCGAAGGCUUCGAUUUCCACGCUUUUCCUACUCUGAACCAGCUUUCAUUAGUUUCUGAACAGCAACUAAGAGACGCUGGUUUUGGUUACAGGGCUAAGUAUAUAACUGGCACUGUGAAUGUUUUGCAAUCAAAACCUGAAGGUGGGGAAGAAUGGCUUUAUUCUCUUCGCAAAUUGGAGCUUGAAGAUGUAAUAUCCGAACUCAUCAAGUUACCUGGAGUGGGUCCUAAAGUGGCUGCUUGUAUAGCUCUUUACUCACUUGAUCAACACCAUGCAAUUCCUGUUGAUGUUCAUAUUUGGCGGAUUGCCCAAAAGUAUAUCUUACCCGAGCUUGCAGGUUCCAAGUUGACACAGAAACUUCACAGUCGUGUUGCAGAGGCUUUUGUCACAAAAUUUGGUAAAUAUGCUGGCUGGGCUCAAGCUGUUCUAUUUAUUGCUGAGUUGCCUUCACAAAAGGCCAUUCUACCUUCACAUUUGAGGGCUACCAAACAGCAGAGUCCAGCAAAUAUAGAAAACAGUGAAGAAGAAAUUGAGUGACAUCUACGGGUUGAGUCUAAGGCUAUACAUGCUGGAGACUCAGGCGUGACACACCACAGUCAAGAUUUUGAGAUAAAACAUGGUGAUAUCACACUGCUGAGUGAUGAAUGAGGAGUGAUGAAUGAGGGGUGCAGGUUCUUCUACUAUGCAUAUUGUUAACAGCUCUUUCCCUAACCUUCAAUUUCAGUCGACGCAGGUGGAUAAUGAACUAUCGGUAGAAAACAUGAUUGAAGCAGAGGUGGACAGUGAACUACUGGCGGAUGACUUAGUCGUUGCGAACAUGGAAGAUGAACUUUGUUGGCAGAGUAAAUAGUGGAGAUGGACGUGUAGGUCAUAGUCAAUAAUAACUUGAAUCAGCUGUGGAUAGAGCAUGAGCAACACCGUGUCUGUUCUGCGUUUCUCUUCUCCCCUUACUAUGAUUCUCUGUUUUCAUUUCUUUUAUAUUUGACAUUAAUAGUGGAUUCUGGGAUGAUAGAGUGAAGAUGCAAACAGACCAGGGGAGAAUUCAUGGCUAUUGACGUUGACCUGCAUGUCCAUGUCCAUUGUUUUAUCUUCCAACAAUUUCAUCGUUUACUUCAACCAUGUCUUCCGCUAAUAGUUCAUUGUCUACCUCUGUGUCAACCACACAUUCCUUGCAUUUGAUUAGUUUCAGAUUCAUUUGUUGUAAUUGAUAUUCUGCAUCGUUCUUCUUCAUUGGGAGAAAGAUUUAUUUUCCCAUUUCUUGCCAUAUGACAAGUUUUUUUUUCUUCCUUCCAUUUAAACAAACAUAACACAAUUGAUUAUGAACUCUGAUAUAGUGAUAUUAGCUCCCUCAGAUUAAAGAGGCUUUGCCUUUGCUCUUUUUGUUCUGUGUAAACAUGUUACUUCCCUGUACAUGUUCUUUAAUAACAAAGUCUAUAUAUA